AUGAAUACCGUGUUGAGCAAUGAACUCAUUCGUUCACUAAGAGAUGUUCCGUGGCAGAUCGAAAACUUGUAUAUCCUCGUUGUUUUUAUAGCCAUUGGAGUUCUUCUAGUUGUUAUUCUACAGGUUCUUAACUUGUUCAGCUCCAGAAUAACAGAAAAAAAAGAUUUUGAGCCGACUUCAGUUAUUAUCAAACCGCCUCAUGCUAUACAUGCAUCUUGUCAACGUAAUAAGAAAAUUAUGAAGAAGCCACAAGUAAGAACAUUUCGAAGCAACAGUGGUCUCAGAAUCCCUAUAGAAAUUAACGCUAGAACUCCGAGGCUCGUAAAUAAUCUUGUUCCUCUGAACCGUCUAGCUCCUUUAAGUAAUACAGACACGGGAGAUAAUACAUGUGUAGUACUGAAAGCCGACAACAUCUCAGAUAGUGAUAAACUUAAUUCCUCUGUUAAAACUACGUCGUCUCAAUCAAGUAUCACCAGUGAUAUCCGUAACUCCAAGCCUCCAGCAGUCGUGAUGAUGAAGGGACCAAUGACUUCUACCAAACGGGAAAACGAUACAAACUCAGAAGGUUUUAUAGAAAAAAGAUUAAAAGAUAAUCAGACGAAAGCUUUGAAUGCAACUCAAUCGAUCUCAGCAGAAUCAUCAGAUAAUGAAGACAGUUCUGAAAAUCAAGAAGAUCCUUCUGGUCUAACCUCUGCAGUAACAGAUGAAACUUCAAGAAGGGUGACUGAAGUAUAG